UGGAUAGCGUACCCCAUGCCACACUAUAUCCGAACCGAAAACUAUGUCAACCGACUGCUCUUGAUCUUCAUAAAACAGACCUCAUCAGCAAUUAUGUUGGAUGUUUUAAUAAUUGGAGGUGGUCCUCAUGCUCUAACCCUGGCUACACUGCUCUCAAACCCUAACCAACCUCUCUGCCAAUCGAGUACUGACAUUCUUCAGGGAAUUCAGCUGAGCAAAACUAAAGCUAAAAGUGUACGCCACAAAAAUAAAAAGAGACAACCCACCAGAGCAGUGUUUGACACAGAGAAUGAAGCCAAACGUCUGCCAUGUCCUUCGCUCCACUUCAAAGUGGUGGACUCUUAUGGAAAAUGGACAUCACUGUGGGAAAGCCAGUUUACUGCCCUGAACAUCCCUCACCUCCGAUCGCACACGCUGGUGCACACCGAUCCGUUUAAUAAGAAUGCCUUGCAGGACUUUGUGGUGGAGCAAAAUCGAGAGGAGGAGCUGUACCGUCUACCUGAGCGACUUUACAUUCAGGACGAGAAUGCAUUUUUUAACGACAGUCGCCUGGGAAAGAAGAACAAAAAGCUUCUUAGCGCAACAAACGGACUGCAGAAACAUCUGUAUUUCAGUCUUCCAGGAACACAGCUCAGUAUAGACUUCUUCCAGGAGCAGGUACGCAAAUAUGAUAUGGACAGUGUCUUAAUCAGAGCUACAGUGGACAGAAUCAUCCCAGUGUUAACUAAGGACGAGAGCAAGGUGAAGUUUUUCAAGGCGACGCUACACACUGGGGAAACCGUAGAGGCGAAAACUGUUAUUAUGGCGACGGGGCCUUCGAGGGCGCAGAUGGCAAAUAUACCAUGCUGGGUGCGGGCAAUCCAAGAGAAUUACCCAGAAGAAAGUCUUCAACACACAGUGCAGCUCAUGCAUUACUUCUGUACACAUGAAGAGAUGGGUGAACCCUCCUCAGGUUCUCCUGCUGUGUGUCAGAUGGGCCAGAGAGUGAUGGUGGUAGGUGGAGGUCUAACCAGCGCCCACAUUAUCUCAAUUGCGCUGAAGCAGCGUGCAUGUCAUGUGACCUGGGUCUUACGUAAACACUUACAACUUAAGCAGUUUGACGUUGGGGAUAUAGAGAGUCUGAUUGGACGCUAUUCCCACGUUGAGCAUGGGAUCAAGAUGGAUGGCCUAGCCUAUCUAAGGCAGUUCUAUAAUGAAAGAAGUCUUCACAAGAGGCUAGCAAUGAUAAAACUAGCCAGAAAAGGAGGAGCAGUGACCCCUGAGGCCUAUUCACAACUUCAGCCUUUCAUUCAGAGCGGCCAGCUCCAGAUCAGAGCUCACUGCCAGGUGACUGAAGCUAAAUGGUGUUAUGAAUCCCAGCAUUGGAGGGUCUCCCUGUGCAGCGGUGAACAGUGGAUUGGGGAAAAGAUUUGGCUGGCAACAGGCUGCAAACUGGAUGUCACCCAGGACCCUUUACUCUCUGACGUCAUGUCAAAAUUCCCCAUUCAAGUCCUGGAGGGUUGGCCAUGUAUAACAGAAUCACUGCAAUGGACCGCAGGAUGCCCCCUGUACCUGAUGGGACAAUAUGCAGCACUCCAGGUUGGGCCUCAUGCUGUAAACCUGGCAGGAGGUCAAGCUGCGAGUAUACGCAUUUUCAAAGACAUUAUAGCUCAGCACAGUGGAUUGGAUGAGAGUGCAUCAGCAAGGAUGGAGAAGACCCGCACUGAAGAGUACAUAUCACACAUGCACGGCCUCAUGUGGCUGUAAAAUCCACCUGCGAAGAGGGAGGGUGUGGUCUCAGGUGUUACACUUACCAUAACAGAAGAGAACGAAUCACUUAAUGCUGAGAGUGACAGCUUUGAAUGUCUUUAAGAUGCUGCACUGUUUAGUAGCCAACAGAAGUUGAUGAAUAAAUAAAUUACAUUUUUAUUAAUCUAGUCACAUGUAAAUGCACAGUCCUAGUUGUGGUUCGAAUAUUGCAUAGUCAUUGUGACUGCACUGCGCCUUUAAAUAAUCCCAAAUCUGGCAUUGUGAUCUGUGGGAAGCCUUGGCAAACCCAAAGCGUCAACACAAAACAAACACCUGUCAUAGGUGAAUACAGAUAUUCUGACAGCGAAUGAAAUUGCAAAGUACAGCUUUGUUUUAAAAAUAAAUGUGCAUCUUAAUAAGAUUUUGACUUCCGGUGUAGCCUAUUUGAGCGCUCACAAA